AUGAUUCUCAAGUCCCUACUCGGCAGUAUUGGAGCCACAAAUGUGGCAGAGCCGAACCUUCUCACUCAACACGUCAUAUUGAAAGGUGGUUCGAUAUGCAUAUCUGCUCAGCAAAGUACUGCUCAUCUAGGGAAAUAUAUACCCGGCCUACAAGUCACGAUUCACACCCUCGCAGACAACCUACUUCAAUUCCCCAGAAUCGACCACUACCCGCUAUUCACCACUGUUCGCGUCUCCAAACUGUCCUUAGCCUCGCAGUCCCAAGCCUAUAAAUCAAGACACCAUGUCCUUAACCCCAGACACAAACUGCCGAACAAGUCCUGCGACAAAAAUACACGGGACGCUGCUUGCUUCGUGCAGUACUGGUAA